UCGUCAUCGGGGCGCGCCGGGCCGGAGCGCGUCGGCCUCAGGCAUGGCGCUCUUCCACGUGGAGCGGUACCCGGGCCCCGAGGGCGCCGGGGCGGAGGCGGGGACCGAGGCGGGCGCGGAGGCGCGGGCCCGCGCGCUGCUGGAGCGGCUGCAGUGCCGGGCUCGGGAGCGGCAGCAGGAGCGGCGACAGGAGCAGCGGCAGGAGCAGCGGCAGGAGCCCGCGCAGAGCUCGGAGCCCGCGGGGCGGCGGCGGCGGCGGCGGCCGCGCCGGUCGCGGGGCGGCGCGGGCGGCGGGAUCCCGGGGAGCCCGCGAGCGCCGCCCAGCAAGCGGCGGAAGGAGGACGGCGGGGCCGCGGCGCCGCCUAGCAAGCGGCGGAAGGAGGACGGCGAGGCCGCACCGCCCCCCGCGCUCGGCCCGCUGCUCGGGGGCCGCCCGAGGACCAAGACACCCAAGGUGCAGCCGUUCCUGCCGGCGUGGCUGGCAGAACCCAGCUCCGUGGGGAAGAACGUCACGGAGCACCUAGUGCCUCUGGAGGCCCUUCCUGAGGUCCACCCCGAGCUGCAGCGGAAGCUUCGUGCACACGGCAUCUCGGCCUACUUCCCAGUUCAGGCAGCGGUGAUCCCCGCCCUUCUGCACAGCACGGCCAACGGUUUUCUGGUGGGCAGAGGCGGUUUCCAGCCUAGCGACAUGUGCGUGUCGGCGCCCACGGGCAGUGGGAAGACGCUGGCGUUUGUCAUUCCGGUGGUGCAAGCACUACUUAGCCGUGUUAUAUGCCGGGUUCGGGCUCUGGUGGUGCUACCGACCAAGGAACUGGCACAGCAGGUGAGCAAAGUCUUCAACAUCUACACAGACGCCACCCCACUGCGGGUGGCCCUGGUCACUGGCCAGAGGGCGCUGGCCAAGGAGCAGGAGAGCCUGGUCCAGAAAACAGUGGACGGCUUCCGCUGCCUGGCUGAUAUCGUGGUGGCCACCCCCGGCCGCCUGGUGGACCACAUUGACCAGACCCCAGGUUUCAGCCUUCAGCACCUCCGGUUCCUGGUCAUUGAUGAAGCAGACCGGAUGAUGGACAGCAUGCACCAGUCCUGGCUGCCCCGGGUGGUGGCAGCAGCCUUCCCGAGUGGGGGCUCCAAGGACACAUUGGGUCUGCUUCAGCGCAGGCAGCUCCAGGCCAUGACUGCUGCCAGCACCUGCCAACCCCAUAUGCCGCUGCAGAAGCUGCUCUUCUCGGCCACUCUGACCCAGAACCCUGAGAAGCUUCAGCAGCUUGGCCUCUACCAGCCUCGGCUCUUCUCCGCGGGGCUAGCGCCUAGUGGUCUCGAAGACUCUGAUGGGGAUGGGGGCUGUGAGGGGAAGUAUGCCUUCCCCGUGGGUCUGACGCAUCAUUAUGUGCCCUGCAGGCUGCGCUCCAAGCCGCUGACCCUGCUGGCCAUGCUUCAGGGCCAGAACCUCUCCAGGGUGCUCUGCUUCACGAACUCUCGUGAGAACUCGCACAGGCUCUUCUUGCUUGUCCAAGCCUUCGGGGGAGUGACAGUGGCUGAGUUCUCCUCUCGCUACGGGCCCGGCCAGAGGAGAGCCAUCCUGAAGCAGUUUGAGCAGGGCAAGAUCCAGCUACUCAUCAGCACAGAUGCCACAGCUCGUGGUAUCGACGUGGAGGGCGUGCAGAUGGUGGUCAACUAUGACGCGCCUCAGUACCUGCGGACCUACGUGCACCGGGUGGGGAGAACAGCCCGCGCUGGCAGGAGGGGUCAGGCAUUCACACUGCUGCUCCGAGUGCAGGAGAGGAGGUUCCUCCGAAUGUUGGCCGAGGCUGGAGUGCCUGAGCUGCAGCGGCACGAGACUCCGGAUGGCGACAUGCAGCCCUUGGUCCCACAGUAUGAGGCGGCCCUGGCGCAGCUGGAGCAGGCUGUCAAGGAAGAGCGAGCCCAGAAGGCGGUGUAGGUGGGACUUUGGGGGCCAGCCGAGGGCCCUCUGCAUCCUGAAGCUUCCUGUUGUCUCGCCCCGCCUCCCUCCCAAGAGCGUUGACUGAUGUCUAAGCUGGCUGUGAGGGAUUCACAGUGGAAAGGAGCUUGUCCCUAGCUCUGGGCCCCUCAGUCUCUCAUUGGGGUGGUCUUUCUAGAAAUGAGUUAAAAUUGGACUGGCAAUAAGGUGUCUAUUCUGGUUUGGCUACUACUUGGGGAUAACUUUAAGAUCAUCUGUGAAAUGGGUCUCCUCACUCCAGAGAAUCUCUCAGUUCUGUCACUUCCUAGGCUGCACUGCUGUGAGGGGAUCUGAGGAUGGAAGCGGGAGCAGCCAUGAAGUAGGGCCUGGACACACCAUACGAAAUGUGCGUGUCCCUGCCGGUGGUGGAGCACCUGGAAGAGUGCUCCCCACCCCGCAGGCCGUAAACUUGCCACUGCUGUUCUUGGGGUGGCAGAAAGGGGUGCAGUCCCCACUUUUGCUAGUAGGGGCAGCAGCAUGGUUGUGGUGGCACAGGGGGAGUUGAUGGCAGACACAGGCAAGCCCAGGGGCAGCAUGUCCUUGGGAUCAGGAUGUUCAGGGCAGGUGGCUCUGUGGGGGCACGCAAUGAUGCCGCAGGAGCAGGCUUGAGGUUCUUCAGUCCCGAGAUAAUGAGACUACUUUGGCCUUAUGAUUUGUUUACACCAGUCUCACAAGGACCAGUGUCCUGGGGCCAGAGAGGCUGUUGGGAACGAGCGUGCAGGCUGGCAGGUGGCUUGGUUCAUAGCCCCCACCCCCCCCGCCCACAAAGAGAGAUGUUGGAAGAGCUUUUAAAUGGGCUUAGCGGACAACACAGUUCAAAGUGAAUAAUCUGGAAAGAAACUGGGCUGAGCUCUGGUUACGUGCCCCAGCACUCUGUGGGCCCCUGAGGACAGAGCCAGGAGUAGCCCCAGCUCCACCAGUGUGGCUCCAAGGAUAAGCAGGACGCAUCUAGUGGGAUGGGGCACACCCUAAUUGAAGCAGCUCCAACUGCAAGUGCUUCAUUCAACCCACGCUCAACCGGCCUGACACUUUUUAAAAGACAAAAAACACUGUCUAAACAAGCAGGUUUUUAAAGCUUAGCUCAAGGCUAAAGCAGUUGCCCUGCAUGCAGCAUGCCCUGGCUUGAUCCCCAACACUGCCAGGAGUGACUCCUGAGCACUUACCAGCAAUUAAGUACCCCUAAAACCCAGCAAUUGAGUUGACAUUGGCUUAAUUUCAGCAGAAGAAAAACACAAGUUUCUUCACAUACUGCUUGAUUGGCCUUUUAGUUUUCCUUUUGGAGUUUUCUUUGGGGCCAUAUCCAGCGAUCCCUCAUGAGGAUUCACAGGUGAGGGUUGGGGGACCCUGUAGAGGCCAGGGAUUGAACCUGGUUUGGCUGCAUGCAAGUGCCUGAACUGCUGUACUGUAACUCUAGCCCUGUUCUUGCAAGUCUUCUGUAGCUUGUUUCUUUUACGUGCUCUGAGCUUUGGAUGGCUGACCUGGGUAACUUGAAAUACACAUUUCAAUAAAAGUAAAUUAAUCACGUUA